AUGUCUGCUAACGAACGCGAAAACCAGGUUUAUAUGGCCAAGCUCGCCGAGCAAGCCGAACGUUAUGAUGAAAUGGUAUCUUACAUGAAGGAUGUUGCCAAGCUCGGAGUAGAGCUUACCGUAGAAGAACGUAAUCUUCUCUCAGUAGCAUAUAAGAAUGUUAUUGGUGCACGCCGGGCGUCUUGGAGAAUUAUUUCAUCUAUCGAGCAAAAGGAAGAAAAUAAAGGUAACGAAACUCAAGUUCAGAAGAUCAAAGCUUACCGCCAGAAAGUCGAAACCGAGCUCUCAGAAGUCUGUUCGGAUAUUCUCGCCGUAUUGGAUGAACAUUUGAUUCCAUCUGCUGAAGCUGGUGAAUCCAAGGUUUUCUAUUAUAAAAUGAAGGGUGAUUAUCACAGAUAUCUUGCCGAAUUUGCCUCGGGUGAAAGACGAAAAGAAGCCGCCACUCAGGCUCAUGAAGCUUAUAAACACGCAACUGAUAUCGCCCAGACCGAUCUUGCUCCAACUCAUCCAAUCCGGCUUGGGUUGGCAUUAAAUUUUUCAGUCUUCUACUAUGAGAUUCUCAAUUCACCUGAUCGUGCUUGUCAUCUUGCCAAGCAAGCUUUUGAUGAUGCCAUUGCGGAACUCGACACGUUGAGUGAAGAAUCCUAUAAAGAUAGUACGUUGAUCAUGCAGCUGCUUAGAGACAACUUAACCCUCUGGACUUCAGACUUGCAAGAUGCAGAGGGUGAGAAACAAGAUGAACCCAGUAGUAAUAAACAAGAUGUCGAAGCUGAAGAAUCAAAUUCGUUUUCCUCUGUGUUUGGUUCUUUUUAUGGUUUACAUUUGGGAAUUCCUUUUGGUUCACAGGGUGUUGGUGUGUUGGUAUCUUACUUAAAGGAGUCCCUUUUAUUGGGAUCGCGAGCUAAUUUAUUAUCAGGAGCUGCUCCAUUUGCUGGUACAGGAUCUUUAGAGCCAGAUGUAGAAACUGCUCAAGAAACAAAUGCAAGGGGUAACAUGACACCUCAAAAUGUACAAACUCAGUCUAAUACUCCAACUCAGAGCAUUUGGGAACAAUCCAGUCAUCCAGUAGCCUUAGCAUUUCAUCUAUUAUUCCGUACAGGAGCUUUAGUUGUAUACCUAUUUGGUUCCAUGUUUUCUGAUAAUUUUCCUUUAAUCUUCAUCGUUUGUGUCUUAUUAUUGUCAUUUGAUUUUUGGACUGUUAAAAAUGUGACUGGUAGAUUAUUAGUAGGGUUAAGAUGGUGGAAUGAUAUUCAACCCGAUGGAACAAAUGUUUGGAUGUUUGAAAGUAGAGAUCCUUCAAGACCUGUGAAUCCCGUUGAUUCACGUAUAUUUUGGAUUUCACUUUAUGUUACAAUAAUUUUAUGGUUAAUAUUAGCUUUCUUUAGAUUAUUCAGUCCUGAAUGGCUUUUAAUUAUAAUCGUUGCCAUAGCAUUAAAUGCUGCCAACGUUAUUGGUUACACCCAGUGUGAUAAAGAUGCAAAGAAAAAAUGGGCGACAGGUUUUGCAGCUAGAGCGGCUACAUCAAGUCCAAGUAUGGUUGGAAGAUUGUUUUCAGCUGGAAUUGGUAGAUUUUUUUAA